AAUUUUUUAAAUCCAAUCAUUUGAUUUCACAUCUUCCAGUAAUCACAAUGUAAAUUUUUGUCGGGCUUCAGUAAAAUAUAUUGUCUUUUGUUGCAUUUUUUUUGUUUUAGUUCAAAGAUCUUACAUAAUUUAGUAAAUUAACGAUCAAGCAAAUUUGUGAUCCCACCAUAGUGUAGUGUUCAGUGAUAGUGGUAAUCAUUUCAACAUCAUCAUGGGUGCCGAUAUUGAAAUUAAUGUUGGCUCAUGGCAGCUAACUAUCUACGUUACCGAUUUAAAGGUUGAGAGAGUUUUACGUGUUAAAGGUGAUCUUCAUAUUGGUGGUGUAAUGUUACAACUUGUCGAAGACUUAGAUGUUGCUAUUAAUUGGUCUGAUCAUGGAUUAUGGUGGCCCAAGCGAAAUAUGUGGCUAUCUAGAACUCGAACCACUUUAGAUCAGUAUGGUGUUCAAGCUGAUGCCUUAUUACAUUUUACUCCUAUGCAUAAAACCUUAAGAGUUCAAUUACCCGACUUACGAUUUAUUGAUGCUCGAGUUGAUUUCUCAAUUAAAAGUUUCACCGCCGUUGUUCAACUUUGCAAAGAUUUAGGAUUACGACAUCCAGAAGAGUUAUCUUUCUGUCGUCCAUUAAUGGCUGAACAUUUGAAAAGAAACUAUAAAUCCAUCGGAGUUAGCCCACGACAAAGAGCCAAAGAUGUUAUGGGUCCAAUUGUUCAAAAUAAUUCUAAUGUAUCCAACAUAAGUCAACCUGAUGGUAAAUCUGACGAUAGGUUAGCAUCAAGUUAUCCUUCAUCUCCUUGGAACGGAAACAUCUCCGGUAUUUCAGCGUAUAACGGACAAAUGACACCUGAUGACUCUUUUGGCUUUAAUAACGAUCCUAUUUUGCCUAAUCUUGCAGCAAGUCCACCCACGCCUUCCUUAGAAGCUAAAAGUGGUUUAUUAAAACCAAAAAGUUUAGUUGAAAGAGCACGUUUAAAUGCUGGUUGGCUUGACUCAUCGCGAUCAUUGUAUGAACAAGAUGUUCGUGAAUACGAUCUUCUUCUCUUGCGCUUCAAAUUUUAUUCCUUCUACGACUUGAACCCUAAACUAGAUAGUGUUCGAAUUAAUCAAAUCUAUGAACAGGCUCGAUGGUCAAUUUUAACGGAAGAAAUUGAUUGUACCGAAGAGGAAAUGAUGAUGUUUGCCGCCUUACAACUUCAAGUCAACCUACAGUCAAACAAUCCAUUACCGGAGAAACAACGAACAAGUGCAGACGAUGAUAUUGAUAGUGAAUUGAAUGAGCUUCAAAUGACUUUAGAAGGAACCAGUAUAUCUUCUACUUUAAGCUCCAACAACAUCACCCACGUUCCCGAGUUGGCGGAUGAACUUAAAUUCAUGAAAUCUCGUAGAUUUACGUUGAAAAGCCUUAAAAGGUACUAUUUUGUCUUUCGGGAUAAAAGACUCUCCGUUUACAAAUCAAGAGAAGAUAAAGCGGGAGAACCUGUUUUCUCGCUUAACCUACGCGGUUGUGAAGUUACACCUGAUGUCAACCUAAGUCAAGGAAAAUAUGGUAUUAGACUUGAGGUACCCAGUCACGAUGGUAUGACCGAAUAUUUAAUAAGAUGUGAUUCAGAAGGUCAAUAUGCUCGUUGGAUGGCUGCUUUUAGAUUGGCUUCCAAGGGUAAGACAAUGGCUGAUUCAUCCUACGAACAUGAAGUUAAACAAAUAUUGGAUUUCCUAAGUAUGCAACAUCCGGCUCCAGCUCCAGCAAUAAACCCCAAUCAAAUAGACAUCAAUGUUGACGAUUAUGUAGCACCUCGAUUUUUUAGAAAGUUCAAGGGAAAAUCACAGAUCGCCCAAAGAAUUUUAGAAGCUCAAGCAAAUGUGAAAGAUUUGAGUAACAUUGACGCCAAAAUGAAUUUCAUCAAAGCCUGGCAAGCUCUUCCCGAAUAUGGAAUAAGCCUGUUUGUUGUCAAAUUUGAUGGGAGCAAAAAAGAGCAGGAACUUUUGGGUGUCGCUUUUAAUCGACUGAUGAGAAUGGAACUCAUGUCUGGUGAUCAUUUGAAAACUUGGAGAUUCAAUACAAUGAAAGCAUGGAAUGUAAACUGGGAAGUUAAAAAAGUAUUGGUACAAUUUGAAGAGGAAAACGUCCAAUUUUCGUGCCUUAGCGCUGAUUGUAAAGUUGUCCAUGAAUUUAUUGGUGGCUACAUAUUUCUUUCUAUGAGAAGUAAAGACCAAAAUCAAACUCUCAACGAAGAUUUAUUCCACAAAUUAACUGGAGGCUGGGUUUAAUCAUGCAACAUUAAGGAUUGUAAUUAGAUAAAUUACACUUAUUAUUGAAUUAUAAUCCAAGAAACUUAAAGACACAAAAGCGAAAGCCUUAGAUAGGCUGACAAAAUGCAAAAGGAUAAUGUUUUACUGUUGAAUUAUUAUAUUAUGAUUAUAAAUAUUAUAAUAUUAUAAUAUUAUUUAUAUGUACUUACCAGAAUCAUGGAUGCUUAUACAUAAUUAUGGACUCAAAAGCACUGAAAGGAAGAAUGGAAACCAAAUCAAGGAUAAAUUAAUGGAGUUACUUUUCCUAUUCAAUAAGCAUUUUGUUUAAUUGACAAAACCGAGCCAUUUAGCCUUUACCAACACUUAACACAGUGCCAAAGUUAAUAAUGAUUAACCAAAAUGAUUGGAUAAUUGAAAGUUGAUUCUGACCGCCUGACCAGAGAUUAACCCAAGGACUAGGACAAAGAUGACAAUAAUGGCAAAUAAUUUGCAUUUGCAUCUCAUUGUAUUUCAGAAUUGCAUUUUUCUCUCUUCUCUUCUCAUCCUUAUUUAUCCAUAAAUCUUUUUUCUCUUCUUUCUAUCCUUUCUUUUCUCAAAUUGUAAAUUUUCUCCUUCAUUUAUCCUCAUCAAUUAAUCCCUAUUCAUUAACUUUAAUCCUAUCAAUAUUAUAGCCUAAUCUCAAUUGGCAAUAGUUAAAAGUGAUCCUUGAAGCAACAAAAACAACGUAAACUGAACAGAUAUGAAUCUAUUCAAUUUAAUGAGCAGUUUUUUUUCAUUCUCUUCUUUCAUCCAUUUUUCUGCUCUUCUUUUUCUCCUCAUAUCUUGUCAAUGUCAAUCUCAAUUUCAUUUCAUUUGAAACAAUCAACAUCCAAUCAACUCUGAUAGAAGCUGAAGAAGAACAAAUUAUUUCCAUUUAAUUAAAAUCGUAAUAUUAAAUAAGAGUAACUUGUCACAUUUAAGUUGAAA